UGAUUGCUUCAUUAUUUGUUCUUGUUAUAAUUUGGUUUUAGGUAUUAUAUCCUCUGAAUUCCACUCCAAAAGUUCAACUAGUGAAAGUUUACAAAAACAAGAAGAGCUGAAAAAAUGGGAACGGAAGACAAAGAUUGUUGAGACAGAGAAAAUGAAAGGUACUCGACCCCACACUGUAAUAAGCACCACUAGAAAAAGAAAAGAACCAGAAGAACCUACAGGAAAGAUAGGUACUUCACUCUCCACCAAACUGUCCAUUGCUGGUCAUGGAAAAGAACUGGAAGGAAAACUGAAAACUCUGAAACUUAAGGAAGAGAAAAGCACCUGGCCUGUCCCUGAAUUUUCUGCCUCUGAUCCUGAGGAAGAAUUAGCAGAGCUACGUUUGAAACUUCAAGGAAUGGAAGUUACUUCACCCUCAGCUGUAUAUUUCACUACUGGUCAUGAAAAAGAAAAAAUAUUGAGACACGAAACUAUGAAACUUCAGGAAAAGAAAGGCAUCUUGCCUCUCUCUGAAGAAGAACCAGAAGGGCUACUUAUGAAACUUCAAAGAAGGAAAGGUAUCUUGCCUCUCUCUGAAGAAGAACUAGAAGAGCUACUCAUGAAACUUCAAAGUAUGAAAGAUACUUCACUCUCCACCAAACUGUCCACUGCUGGUCAUGGAAAAGAACUGGAAGGAAAACUGAAAACUAUGACACUUCAGGAAGAGAAACGCACCUGGCCUGUCCGUGAAUUUUGUGCCUCUGAUCCUGAGGAAGAUUUAGCAGCAGAGCUACCUAUGAAACUUCAAGGAAUGGAAGUUACUUCACCCUCAGCUGCAUAUCUCACCACUGGUCAUGAAAAAGAGAAAAAAGGUACUUCACUCUCCACUAAACUGUCCACUGUUGGUCAUGGAAAAGAACUGGAAGGAAAAUUGAAAACUAUGAAACUUCAGGAAGAGAAAAGCAUCUUGCCACUCUCUGAAGAAGAACCAGAAGGGCUACUUAUGAAACUUCAAAGAAUGAAAGGUACUUCACUCUCCGCCAAACUGUCCACUGCAGGUCACGGAAAAGAACUGGAAGGAAAAAUGAAAACUCUGAAACUUCAGGAAGAGAAAA